CACACGGAUCUCUCCAUUUCCCCCAAACCGAGAAGAUGCCCAAAUCCUCACCGUGCGUACCCCCCCGGCCCUCCCUGUGGCUGGCAUCUCUGAUUGUUUUGGUGGUGCAAUCAGUGCUCUCUUCUUCCUACUCUUCCCCCUCUUCGUACCAGAGACCUGCAGCUGGUGGGAAGCGGCCGGGCUUCAUGGGGAGGACGCUGGUCCUGCUGGAUGUCAACACCCGCAGUUCGAUCCGAGUCCUCAACGACAACUUCCUCUCGCUGCAGUUGGACCCCUCAAUCAUCAAGGACGGCUGGCUGGACUUCCUGAGCUCCAAGCGGCUCGUGACCCUGGCGCGCGGCCUGUCGCCAGCCUUUCUGCGUUUCGGCGGAAAGCGAACCGACUUCCUGCAGUUCAACAACCAGAAGAACCUCGCCAAGUUCAGAGGCCCCGGGCCCGACUACUACCUGAAGAACUACGAGGACGACAUCGUGCGCAGCGACAUCGCCCUGGACAAGCAGAAAGGCUGCAAAGUGGCCCACCACCCUGACAUAAUGCUGGAGCUGCAGAGGGAGAAGGCGGCCACCACGCAGCUCGUCCUGCUGAAAGAGCAGCUCUCCAACAUCUACAGCAACAUUACAAUAACAGCCAGGUCUUUAGACAAACUGUACAACUUUGCCGACUGCGCUGGUCUCCACCUGAUCCUGGGUCUCAACGCGCUGCACAGGAACCCUGAUAACUCCUGGAACACCUCCUCCACCCUGAGCCUCCUGAAGUACGGAGCUGGCAAGAAGUACAACAUCUCCUGGGAGCUGGGCAACGAGCCAAACGCCUACCGCGGCAUGGCGGGUCGUUCAGUGAACAGCACCCAGUUGGCUCAGGACUACACCAAACUGAGAAGCCUCCUGCAGUCUGUGCGCUACUACCACAGAGCUCACCUCUUUGGCCCCAAUGCAGGACGGCCCCGGAAGAAUGCGAUCCUGCUGCUGGAUGGGUUCAUGAAGAACGCUGGCUCUGUUGUUGAUGCUGUUACGUGGCAACAUUAUUACAUGGAUGGGAGAGUAAACAGAGCAGAGGAUUUCCUAAAAACUCGUCUUAUGGACACAUUGACCGAACAGAUAAAUAAAGUUUCCAAGGUUGUGAGCACACACACUCCGGGCAAGAAGGUGUGGCUUGGUGGUUUGGGCCCAGCAUGGACAGGAGGCAUCAAUAACCUCUCUGACACAUACGCUGCCAGCUUUCUGUGGAUGAACACACUGGGUGUGGCAGCUGUGCAAGGCAUCGAUGUGGUUUUGCGUCACUCGUUGUUUGACUACGGAUACACACACCUCGUGGACCAGCAGUUUAACCCUUUACCUGAUUACUGGUUUUCUUUGGUCUUCAAGCGUCUGGUUGGUCCGAGAGUCUUAGCUGUCCGGGUGGCUGGACUGCAGAGGAAGCCACAACCAGGGCGAGUCAUACGAGACAAGCUACGCAUCUAUGCUCAUUGUACCAGCUACGACAAUCAUAACUACGUGAGGGGGUCCAUAACGAUCUACAUCAUCAACCUGCAUCGGUCGAGGAAAAAAAUCAAGUUGGCGGGGACGUUACGGAACAAGACGGUCCACCAGUACCUGCUGCAGCCCCACGGCAAGGAUGGACUCAGAGCCAGACAUGUCGAGCUGAACGGGGAGAAGUUGCUCAUUCAGGACAACGAGACGAUCCCAGAGCUGAAGCCUAAAGUUCUGAGGGCUGGCCGGACGAUAGCAAUGCCUCCAAUGACCAUAGGCUUUUACGUCAUCAAAAACAUUAAUGCGUACGCCUGCCGGAGAUAA